AUGUUAUGCGUAAGAGGUAAUGCUGAAGAUUUUAAUAAUUGGGCUACAUUAGGUAAUCCUGGUUGGAGUUAUGAAGACGUAUUGCCAUAUUUCAUCAAACUUGAGGACAACAGAGACAAGGAGAUUAUAGAGAGUAAUCCCGAAUAUCAUGGAAUAGGCGGAUAUCAGUCAGUGCAAAGAUUUCCAUACCAGGACAAAAAUAUAAAAAUUGUCCAAGAAGCCUUACAGGAAUUGAGUUACAAGAACCCGGAUAUUAAUGGAAAGGAACAAUUGGGCUCUAUGAUUCUCCAAACGAUUACAAGAGAUGGUCAGCGUAAAAGUACAAACAAAGCAUUUAUCCAACCGAUUAGAAAUAAAAGGUCAAAUUUGUUUAUUGAAACUGAGGCAUAUGUAACAAAAAUAAUAUUUGAUCCCAUAAAAAAGAGAACAAUUGGUGUAGAAUACACUUCUACUGCUAACAGUUUGAAAUCAGCGAAAGUGGCAUAUGCCAAGAAGGAAGUAAUCUCUUCAGCUGGAAGUAUUAACUCUCCAAAAUUGUUAAUGCUUUCUGGCAUAGGCCCUGCUAAGGACCUUAAAAAGCUAGGUAUAAAAGUGAUUGCAAAUUUGCCAGUAGGUAAAAAUAUGCAGGAUCAUGUGACCUUCAAUGGAGUGCUUAUUCCUUUGCACCAAACAGUUACAGAAAAAUCUUUUAAGCAUAAGCAGGCAGAUUUAGAAGAAUAUUUGAAAACGAACACGGGUCCUCUGUCAGCAACAGGAGCUGCUGCAGCGAACUUAUUUACACAAACCAAAUAUGAAGAAAUUGAUGGAGUACCCGAUGGUCAAAUUUUUUUUUUGGCAAAGAGUUCUGCAGACGUAGGCACUCUUCAAAUUCGUUCAUAUUAUGACACACUUGUAGCUUAUAUGUAUUUACUUGCUCCGAAAAGUAGAGGCUAUCUUAAACUGAAUGAAACAGAUCCAAUAUGGGGAAACCCUUUGAUUUAUCCUGGUUACUUCAAGGAAGACUCUGACGUACAACAAGCGUUAGAACUUAUUCGCAAAACUCUGGAGCUCUUCAGCACCAAAUCAUUUAAGGAUAAUAAUUACAAGUUACUUGAUUCUCCUCAAGCACCUUGCGAACACUUAACCUUUAAUACUGAUGAUUAUUGGAUAUGCAUGAUGAGAAAUAAUACUUUACCUGGAUACCAUCAAGUAGGAACUUGCAAAAUGGGACCUAAAGAAGACCCUGGCGCUGUAGUUGAUCCUAGAUUGAAAGUUUAUGGAGUUCAAGGACUUAGAGUAAUUGAUGCAGCUGUAAUGCCCAAUAAUACUAGAGGAAAUACGCACACACCGACAAUGAUGAUUGCAGAAAAAGCUGCAGACAUGAUUAAAGAAGAUUGGUGUGCAAAAGAAAAAUGA